UUAUUGUAUGCUCCGUCGCGACUCUCAUAUCCGUCGUAACGUUGACGUCAUAGACGUUAGUCGUACCGUCCGGUUACGUUGUUUAGUUGCACUUGUGAGGGAUUUGUGCCCACUGCAACUUUAUAAAGUCAGUGCCGCAUGACUGCAUUAAAUCGAUAAUAAAAAGCACUUCCAACAUGCUAGAGUGGGCCUAUGACGGUGUAAAUAGUUCAAUUCCUCGAAACAGAGGACCAGAAUGUGUUGGGUACUUAUCACCAACCUACAGAUUUAUAGAAACUCUUGGUGUGUCCAUGCUGACUAUUUAUUUGAUAGUAAAAGGGCUUAAAAGUAUAAGUCUGCCUAAAAAUGUUAAGUAUGUUAAUCAAGACAGGACGGGGAAGAAAGUAUUGUUAAUUAUAAUGUCAAUGGUACUUGGCUGUGAGAUUGGUUUCAAGAUAACCAGUCGUACUCUUGUUUAUAUAUUAAAUCCCUGUCAUAUUACGACGGCAAUACAAUUAUAUUUAUUGGCUGCUAAACCAAGUCCCAUGGUCACUGCGCUAUUUAGGAUACAAAUGAACCUGAUGAAUGGGCCUGUACUUGCGUAUUUGUUUCCUGAAACUGAAUCUCGUAAACUUUUCGCUGAUAAGGCAAUGUACUACUUACAACACGGCCUAAUGUUAGUAAUUCCAUACUAUUUAACGCGAAUUGGUGGUGUUUAUAGCGUCGAACCAUUAUCAGAUUUUAGUUGGAGUGUGCUUGCUUACGGAUGUAAUCUUGCUUAUCACUGGUGGAUCUUGCAACUGGCUGCUUUGCCCGUACAAGUUAAUCUGAGCCACAUCUUAUGUCCUGCGAUGUUGGAUCCAUUUGAAGGAAGAUUCUAUCGACUGUGUGCAGUUGUUCAUGAAAGCUUGUUGUGCCCACUGCUUGCGAAGCUUCUUUACUUAAUUUUUAAUUAUUUUCUCACGGUGUUUCCAGUGACUAAAGUCAAGUCUUGCAUCAAUCAUACCAUCGAGCAUAAGUUUCCACAAAGCGAGUGCAGUGAUGAAGACUCGAACUCAAAAGAGCGUAAAAAUGGAGAUUUACAUGUCGAAUAGCUGCUAAUUAACGAUCUCCAAUCAAAAUCUCAGCUAUCAAGUAUAAAUAUAUAAAUAUGAACAUAAAAAAUGUCAAUGAAUGAAAAAUUUCUGUGAUCACAUGAUUAGAUUGUCUAAUUAAGCUAGGACUAAUAUAAACAUCUUCAUCAACUCAUAAAAAAAUGAUAUUAAGCUCAUUAUUUUUGUUAAUAGUAUACUAUAAUAUUAUAAAUAAUUAAUAAUAAUUGGAGAUGAUGAGUAAUAAUCAACUUAGCAUGAUGAAAGGUGAAUAUGAUAAAUGAAAUAUAAUUAUUUUGAUUACAUAUCGCUUAGCCGCGAUAAUUGAGUACAUGAAUUAAAUGAUAAAUAAAGUAAAACGAUUGGAUGUUUUUACACAGUAUAUUUGAUAAAAUUGUGUGACAAGUUACAAGUCUGUAAUAUAAUAAUACAAAUUCUUUUUUUUGAUUGGUUUAAAAUGGAUUUAGAGUUUUUAUUAAAAUUCCAAAAUUUAAGGGGUUACAUGGAUUUCCUUCGGGGAAAAAUGGCCUAUUUUUAAUAAUUUUUUUUUAAUAGAAAAAAUGAAAUAUUUUAUACAAACUUUUUACUGUCUUAAAGAUACAUGUUGAAUAAGGGAUUACUUAAAUUAAAAAAAAAAAAGAUAAAAAAUUCUGCUAAUAUGACGUCCGCGUGAUCAGCAGAACUCCUAGCAGGAUUAUUUGAAGUGAAAAAAAAAAUAUGUGCUAUUAAGACUUCAAACUAGGUCUUGACCGAAGGAAAAAAAAAGAAAAUUGGAUUUUUGGCAGAAAUUUUGACAAAAAAAUUAAAAAUUUGGCUAAAAUUUCGCGGCAUUUUUUUUUAAAUAGUUGUGAUUGAAAAAAAAAAAUCUUUCGUUCAAGACCUUGUAAAUUAUAUCUCAAAGACCUGUCUAAAAUUUCAUCAAGAUCGGUUGAGUAGUUCUCGAGAAAUCUUGACAACCGUCUUUGAAAACAUAGUUUUGAGAAAAAUGCGUUUUAAGUUUUGAGUGAAAAUACAACAGCGCUUUGAGCGCGCAACUUUUUAAAACUGUAUCUCCGAAACUAUUAUUCAGAUCGAUUUGAAUCUUUAGGACAAUAUUCUAGAGAUGUUGUAGAAUUUAAUAAAACAUUUAAAAAAAUUUUUUGAAACCGUGAAACCCAUGUAACCCUUUAAUUACGCAUGACCGAGCUUUAUUAAUUGUUAACUGUUAAAUAAUAAUAUUUUUCCGUCUUUUAUUGGACGCUAGCGUAAAAAUAUUCAACUAUUAAAAAAUUACCAACAAUCUAAUUGCACGUGUACAAACAAUAUCCACUUAAUGAUAAAUAAUCGCAAUAAAAUAAAAAUUAAUUUAUUUAA